UUGUGCUGUCGGGUAGAGAGACGGAUUUGUAAACCCCGGAGCGAGGUUCUACCUACCCGAGGCCCCUGGUGUGCGGAGACCCCGGGGGAAACCACCGUCACCAUGUCUGACCAGGAAGCAAAACCUUCAACCGAGGACUUGGGGGAUAAGAAGGAAGGAGAAUAUAUUAAACUCAAAGUCAUUGGACAGGAUAGCAGUGAGAUUCACUUCAAAGUGAAAAUGACGACACAUCUCAAGAAACUCAAAGAAUCAUACUGUCAAAGACAGGGAGUUCCCAUGAAUUCACUCAGGUUUCUCUUUGAAGGUCAGAGAAUUGCUGAUAAUCACACUCCAAAAGAACUGGGAAUGGAGGAAGAAGAUGUCAUUGAAGUUUAUCAGGAACAAACAGGGGGUCAUUCAACGGUUUAGAUAUUCUUUUUAUUUUUUUUUCUUUCCCCUUAAUCCUUUUUUAUUUUUAAAAAUAGUUCUUUUGUAAUGUGGUGUUCAAAACAUAAUUGAAAACUGGCACCCCAUCUCUUUAAAACAUCUGGUAAUUUGAAUUCUAGUGUCCAUUAUUCAUUAUUGUUUCUUUUCAUUGUGCUGAUUUUUGGUGAUCAAACCUCAGCCCCCUUCAUAUCACUCUCUCCUUUUUAAAAAUUACAUGUGUGCAUAGAGAGCCCGCCUUUUCCAGGACUGUGCAUUUGCAGGCUUGUGAUAAAUAAGAUCAACUAAUGCAAGUGUUCUUAAUGACUUUCCAAUUGGCCCUGAAGUUCUAGCAUGUGAUUGCUUCACUCCUGGACUAUGAC